AUGGCUUUCGAGUCCUACGAAUGGACUGGCUCAGAUGUGAUCCAAAUGGAUUGCGAAGCAAACCCCAAUGACCCAUGGUGUCUCAAUCGCGCCGACUUUGGCGCAAACCAGAGCCGAAUGUCAACGUUAUACGAUGACGACUUGUUGUGCUCCGAGUGCUUUCUCAAGAUGUUGCAUGCCCGCGUAACAUCGGAUUACCUGCAAGACACAGAGUUUGGCGACUAUCUCGUCGAACAGUUUCAAGAUGUUCAAGACGUUUGCAAGACUACUGUUGGCGAGCUCGUUACCAGGAUUGGCCCAGCCUAUGCGCGCGUGACGGAUGAGCCCGAGAUGGCACUCCCGUCAACUACCGUAUCGACUACUAGUAGCGCGCCCACACCCACGUCGACAGUAUGCAGAGGCCGCAUGGUGGAUCUACGACCCGAUCGUGAAGAGGAGCUCAAUUGUGAUGAGAUUGCGGAGAAGUACCAGAUCGCCUCGCUGGAAGCGGCUGUUGCAACGAAGAAUGAGUUCUGCGAUGCGGAUGGAGAGGUGUGCAUACCUCUUGCUUGCACAUUGUACCGAGUCUUGACCAACGACACGUGUCCUCCAGGCGGUGCUUGGAUCAGUCCACCAGCCUCAGAAAUCCCCGACGAUGGCGAGGGACCAAUUCGCGGCGGUCCAGGAAGUACGGCAUCCCUUCCCAUAAUCGAAGACGGUGGAGAAAUACCUGCCGAUAGCAUACAAGAGGGUAUAGCAUCCGGUUGUACCCGCUGGAUCAUGGCCAAUGACACCCAGGCCGCAUGUUGGAAGCUUGCAUACGAUGCCAAGAUCAGCGUACAGAGAUUGUGGGAGCUGAAUCCGGUGCUCGGUAGUGCUGGCGAGCGAUGUGCUUCGCAAGUCUGGCUCGGCUACUACUAUUGCGUUGCCACGAGUGGUGAUGGCACGUCGCCAUCACCUACAUCUACGAAGCCUAGCACGAGCCCAAGUUCGACAGCGCCGAUUACAAAGCCAACACAAACACAGUCGGGUAUCGAUCCUAAUUGCAACAAGUUUGCGACAGGAGCAAGCUGUUGGGAGAUUGCCAACAGUGCCGGAAUUGAGCUGUCACAGCUGUAUGGAUGGAAUACUGUGUUGGGCGCUAACGGAGAGAACUGCGGAACUCAGAUCUGGGCCGGAUAUUACUACUGUGUUGGCACUGCCACCCCCACGACAAGCCAGCCGGCAACAAGCACGGUGGUUGCCCCGCUCCCUACGCAGACUCAGGGAGGCUUCCCCGCAAACUGUAAGCGGUGGAUGGUUACUAAGAGUGGCGAUACCUGCUGGAGUAUCGGUAACGACAACGGUAUUGCCCUCGAAGUGCUGUAUGCCUUGAACCCGGUCCUGGGCUCUGACGGAGAGAACUGUGGAACUCAGAUCUGGCCAGAGUAUGCUUACUGUCUUGCUAUAUAA